AUGCCGUCCAACGAAUCGCUUUACAAUGAGACGAUCAAUGUAGACCCCGGUCAAUAUGCAUUCAAGGAGCGCAAGCUCCGUGUCAUCUGCAUAGGGGCAGGGUUCUCUGGUCUAAUUCUUUCUCAUAAAUUGAAACAUGAGCAGCCACUUGAGUUCGUGGAUUUCACGAUCUACGAAAAGAACCCCGAAGUUGGAGGCGCAUGGCUCGAGAACGUCUAUCCUGGUGUUGGAUGCGAUGUUCCUGCCCACAGCUAUGUCUUUCCAUUUGAGCCGAAUCCAAACUGGUCAAAAUGUUAUGCGGGUGGUGCCGAGAUUGAGAAAUACAUUGUCGACACGGUGGACAAGUAUGGAUUGAAGGAUCCGAUUGUGUUUGAUACCAAGCUCGUUAAGUCUAUUUGGAAUGAGGAGCGAGGCAAAUGGGCGCUCGAGUUGAAACAGAAUGAAAAAACUAUCCAAGAUGAAGCAGAUAUUCUCAUUGACGGUUCUGGUAUUCUCAACAAGUGGAACAUGCCGAAUAUCGCUGGUUUGGACCAGUUCGCUGGCAAGCUUGUCCACACGGCUGGCUGGGACAAAACCUACGACUGGACUGAUAAGAAGGUCGCAGUCAUUGGAAAUGGUUCAUCUGCUCUUCAAGUGGUUCCUGCGCUACAGCCCAAGGCUGCAAAAAUUGUCAAUUACAUUCGUCAGCCGACCUGGGUGUCGGUCAAUCUCUGUCCGGACAUCACGAAGGAUGGAAUGGGAACGAACUUUGAAUAUACCGAGGAGGAGAAAGCGAUGUUCCGAGAUGACCCAAAAGCAUUCCUGGAGUACAGGAAAAAAAUUGACUGCUCUGUCAACACCGUCUACCGACUGAUGUUAUCUGGCUCGGAGCACAACAAAGGGCUGUCUGAUGCAAUUUCUGGACUUAUGCGCCAGCGUCUCAGUCAAAAUUCCCAUUUGAUUGACAAACUGAUCCCAAAAUACGAAAUCGGAUGUCGCAGAUUAAGUCCUGGUGAUGGAUAUCUCGAAGCGAUGCAGGAACCAAAUGCCAAAUGGUGCUUUGAAGGCAUCGAAGAGAUCACCAAGACCGGUAUUCGCACAACAGCAGGUGAAGAGGAGUUUGAUUUGAUUGUUUGUGCGACUGGCUUUGAUACCACUUUCAUUCCUGGGUGGGAGCUAGUUGCCCGACAAGGUCGACGACUGGAUGUGCAGUGGAAGGAUGUACCCCAAGCAUACUUUUCUAUCUGUGCCGGUGGAGUGCCAAACUACUUCAUCUUCAAUGGACCCAAUUGUCCCAUUGGCCAUGGCAGCGUGCCCCAGAUGAUUGGUUGGACGGCUGAUUAUAUGCUGAAAUGGAUGAAGAAGAUGGCCCGGGAGGAUAUCAAAUCCAUCGCAGUAACCGAUUCCGCUGUUCGAAACUACAACCGUCGUGCCCAAGCGGGUCUCAGACGCACCGUUUGGAGUAAGGGUUGUCAUGCUUGGUAUAACAACGGAAAAGCUGUUACAGCGAUGUACCCGGGUAAAGCUAUCGAGGAUAUUCGCGGCGAAGACUUUGACAUUAGGCACAACAACAGCUCGGAUCCGUUUUCCUACCUUGGAAAUGGAGAACUGGAGUGGGAGAGAGAAGAUGGAGCGGAUUUGGCAUUCUAUUUGAAAUAG